CUACCGUCAGAGCAGCAGCGUCCGACACCAACCGGUCAACCGAUCUGUGGAUUUUACGCGUUAUUUUUACCGGUUGGACCCAAAAAAAAAAAGGAACGGAACACAGUCCGAUCACUGAGAGAACAAACCUGUUUGUGCGCAAGACUUUUGUGUUGAGUGUGGAGGACUGACUCAUCACAGAGGAAGGUGUUUAUUGUAUCAUCCUUCUGUCUCUGUCUCUGUCCUCAAGCAGUGUGGAGCUUCAGCGUCGCCGAAUGGAUGCGAGUGCAUGAGGAGAAUACUAAUGACCCCGCUGCUGCUGACGGCCACAGCAGAGCCGAUCAGUCAUCCAGAGCGCACCGGGGCCUGCGCACCACCACCUCAGCCUCAACCCCCACCUCCACCUGGAGAAUUAUUACACCCUCAGCCUCAGGAAUUAAUACGCGAGAUCUGAACACAGGUGCUAUAUCCAGAACUCAGGGCGGAUUAAAAAAAAAAAAAAAAACACACACACCCAGCUGCUCCAGAAUAACACGCCAAAAUGGGCAACAGCUUCUCCAACAUCUCUGCCUUCCAGUCUCUUCACAUCGUCAUGCUGGGUUUGGACUCUGCUGGGAAAACCACCGUUCUUUACAGACUCAAAUUCAACGAAUUUGUCAACACUGUACCUACAAUCGGAUUCAACACCGAGAAGAUCAAGCUGAGUAACGGCACCGCCAAGGGCAUCAGCUGUCAUUUCUGGGACGUUGGAGGCCAAGAGAAGCUGAGGCCACUGUGGAAGUCCUACAGCCGGUGCACUGAUGGGAUCAUUUACGUUGUGGACUCUGUGGAUGUUGACAGGCUGGAGGAAGCCAAGACCGAACUGCACAAAGUCACCAAGUUCGCAGAGAACCAGGGCACACCGCUGCUGGUCAUCGCUAACAAGCAGGACCUGCCCAAAUCUCUGCCUGUGGCGGAUAUAGAGAAGCAGCUGGCCCUGCACGAGCUCACCCCCUCCACCACUUAUCACAUCCAGCCCGCGUGCGCUAUAAUAGGCGAGGGGCUUCACGAGGGGAUGGACAAACUGUAUGAGAUGAUACUGAAGAGGAGGAAAUCCCUGAAGCAGAAAAAGAAGCGGUAACAGCUGCUGGAUCAGUGGACAAUGUUUCAGUCAGAUUUACUGUAAGGAAUCCGGGUUGUGCCAGUGUUGCCCCCCUAAAAACACACGUUUACUUUGCAGUGAUUUUUCAAAAUAAAAUAUCCUCUUGUUUGGAUUAAAGCUGUGAAGCCCUGCUGAAUGAUGCUUUUGCACACAGGAGGCUGCCUCAUUGGCUGCAAGGAUAUAAAAACACAAGAUAAGUUGAACCAAAUAGUCAAAAAAAAUUAAGAAACUUGAAUUGACACUUUGAGAUCUACAGCACUGGGG